AUGGCGAGCCCGCAAGAUACCAAGACCGCUGCCCCGGUCGACGUCCCCAGCGACGAGAAGCAGCAUGUUGCGCAUGCCGAUUCUCCUGAAGACGACCUUGAUCCGGUUGGCAUUGCCGCCGAGAUUGCGCACGAAGUUAAUGAGAACAACUAUUCACCAUGGACCAAGUCCAUGUUCCACCUCUAUGGUGUCUUGUUCGUCGCAUACUGCUGCGGUUGUCUCAACGGAUACGAUGGAAGUCUGAUGGGCGGCCUGAACGGCAUGGUGUCGUACCAAACCACCUUCAACAUGACGUCUGCUGGAUCGGCCACGGGCCUUGUUUUCAUGAUCUACAACGUUGGCCAGCUGUCGGCCGCGCUCACUGUCCCCAUCGCCACGGAUCUCUUUGGUCGCCGCAUUGCUAUGUUUAUGGGAGCCCUUAUCAUCAUCCUCGGCACCUGCGUCCAAGCAACGGCAAACACCAUGAGCCAGUUCAUGGGAGGUCGCUUCGUUCUCGGUUUCGGCGUGUCGUACUGCUGCAUUGCUGCGCCAACCUACGUGAGCGAGCUUGCACACCCCAAGUGGCGUGGAACCUUGACUGGUCUCUACAACUGCAUGUGGCCUCUCGGUGCCAUCAUCUCGGGAUGGACCGUGGACGGCGCCAGCUUCAUCGCCGGGAACAAUGAAUGGCGUAUCCCGGUGUGGAUCCAGCUUGUACCUCCGGAAUUGUCCCAGCUUUGUCUACUUCCUCCCAGAGUCGCUGCUCGCAUUCUCGCCAAGCUCCACGGUGAGGGCGACGUCGAGCACCCCAUUGUUCAGCUGCAACUCAAGGAGAUGAUGGCUCAGAUCUCGACCGAGGCCUCGGACAAGCGCUGGUGGGACUACAGGGAGCUCUAUAACACGCACAGCGCCCGCCGUCGUCUCAUCUGCGUGCUCGGCAUGGCCAUCAUGGGCCAGGCGUCUGGAAACUCUCUCGCGAGUUACUAUCUCGUCACCAUGAUGAACACUGCCGGCAUUAAGGACGAGAAGCUGGUUCUCGCCCUCAACGCUGUCAACUCGAUGCUUGGUUUCGCCGGAUCCAUCGUCGGCGCCCGCCUCACCGAUCGCGUCGGCCGUCGCCCUCUGCUGAUCUACAGCAUCCUCACCGCCUCGGUCAUCUUCGCCGUCAUCACGGGCACAUCCAAGAUGGCCGUCGACAACCCCGACAAUACCAACGCCGCCAACGCCACCAUCGCCUUCAUCUUCCUCUUCGGCGUCGUCUUCUCCCUCGGCUGGACGGCCCAGCAGAGCAUGUACAUCGCCGAGACCCUGACCACGUCGACCCGCGCCAAGGGUACGGCCAUUGGCAACUUUGCGUCGAGCGGCAUUUCCAUCGUGCUGGCCUACUCGUCCGGCCCCGCCUUUGAGCAGAUCGGCUACUACUUCUACCUCGUCUUCGUGUUCUGGGACAUUGCCGAGGCUGUCUUCAUCUACUUCUUCUUCCCCGAGACGAAGGAUCGCACGCUCGAGGAGCUGAGCGAGGUGUUCGAGGCGCCGAACCCGGUCAAGAAGUCUCUGGAGCCCAGGUCUGCUUCGACUGUUAUGGCGACGAUGCACGUGCACGAUGAGAAGCUGGUGCGCGACGUGUAG